UUGUUCUUUCGGAUAAUAAUAAAGAUUCAGACAUUCAGUUCCGUUUCAAUUGUUUUAUUAAAAAUUUGAAAAAGGUCUAGAUGGAUCACCCCUAUAUACUUACCUUUGUGAUAUACACACAUAGAUAAAACGAUUGAUGAUGAAAGCGAUUCAGAGGACUAUGAAUCGGAUGACUUUGAAUUUUUGAAUGACUCACUGGAAUUGCCGGGCCAUUUUCGAUGUGCCAGCCAUACACUGAACCUCCUGUCCACAACGGAUUUUUCACAAAUUAUAAAAAAAUACGAAAGGCUUUAUACGCGCCACAAGCAGUCGUUUAUGCGCUGUUCAAAUAUUUGGAAUAAAUGUGGUCGUCCGAAAUCGGCGGAACUAAUAAGAGAUGUGUUGUGUUCAUCACUCAAGACACCAACAGUAACACGCUGGAACUCUCUCUUUGAUAGUGUUCAAAGCCUUCUAAAGCACAAGGACAAGCUAUCGGCUUUAUGCACAACUCUAAAUGUAACGAAAUUUGCAAUGUCCGAUAUUGAGUACUUGGAGAGUUACACUAAGUUAAUGGAGCCUAUCGCAAGUGCCAUCGACUUUUUGCAGGCAGAUCAACAUAUGUACUUCGGCUACUUCAUUGCUGCCCUAAUAUCUUUGAAAAUCAAACUAACUAAAUUUCAAGAAAGCUUUGAAAUACGUGAGCUUGGUUCUGUUUGCAGCGAACUGGUAGAUUGUCUACACAAGAGAUUUCAAAAAUUUUUUGAAGGAGAUGAAGAGGCAAACUUGGCCAUCAUAGCGGCGAUGUCAUGUCCAGCUGUCAAGCUCCGAUUUUUGUCAGUGCUGCAGCGAACAGCACCCCACUUAACUGUGGAUGUUUUAAAACAUUUAUUUAUUGAGCACGCUGCUCAGUUCAUUCCCAAAUCAACCAACCUAGCGAUACAAACAACAAAAACUUUAGAACCAUCUGACUCGUUUUUGGAGUUUGAAGAUGCAAGCAUAGGGGUACCCGAAACGACUGAGCAGGAGGAGAUUCGAAGGCAGCUUGAAACUUAUUUGGUAGAUCCUAAUACUUCUCUCAACUGCCUGGAGAAUUACAAAAUUAUUAGGGAGGUGUUCCUUAAAUUUAACACUCCGAUUCCGUCCUCUGCUCCUGUAGAGCGCCUAUUUUCUUUUGCAGGGAUAGUAAACGCUCCCCGCAGAAAGAAUCUGCUUGAUUCGAAUUUUGAAAAACUUGUUCUAAUGAAAGCAAACAAUGUUCAAAGCAAUUAAAGUCUAUUAUCAGCCACAACAAAAAUAAAGGGCCGCAACUGGGGCCAUACUUAAAUUUUUCAUUUCAUAAUUUUUAACUCUUAGAGGAAACAUUAACAGAUUUAAUGCUCAUUAGUUAAGUUCCCGUUAGAGUUAGUUUAAGGAACGUCUCUGAGUGCGGCUGUAUGUAUAUCAAAUAAAUUUUGUACACGUUGUACGUGUAAGUUUUUGAAGAAAUUUGUGUUUGUGUUUAUCUUAAAGAAAUAUUGUAAUUGUAUUGAAAUACACUGUAAAUUGAUAUGUACUUAUGUUAGAAAAUAAAUGUACAUAUGUUCAAAAGCCGAUACAUUUCCAAAAAUCACUUGAAAAGGCCUAAUUACUUUACUAUAUUUGGUUUAGUGGAAAAUCUGUUGAUUCCACUACUUUUGAAUUGAUUGAAAAUUUUUUACAUUACCACUAAACUCAUUAGUGGUAGUGGAAAAAAAUUCAAUUACCACUAAAGGCAUUUAUUUUUAGUGAACAUUUUUUCAACUACCACUAACGCAUUUAGUGGUAGUGAAAAAAAAUCUGAGUCCCACUACUUUUAGUGGGAUUAGAAAAAAAUAAGCCUCACUAUAUUCAAUAUUAGUGGUACUUGAAAUUUAGUUCACUACGCCCAUGUCUGCUGCGAGAACCUUGAAAUGGAUUACAGUAACACAAAUUGGGGUAUUUAUCGUCGUUCCAUAAAAAAUGCACUAUAUAGCUUACCAACAAAUAUCAAUGAUAUCGUCUUGACUGAAGACGUUGACAAAAAUAUAGAAGUUUUCUCUAAAAGUAUAAAUGUUGCAAUCAAAAGUGCUGUCCCGCUUAAAGCACCAAAAACAAAUUUUUUAAAACUCCCUAAUUUCAUCAUAAAUCUAAUAAGGGAGAGAAAUCACUAUCGUCGUCAAUGGAGUAGAUUUAGGCAAAGGUCAGAC